AUGGAUCCAAAUUUUUUUGGCUUUGCACCUGAUUUUUUGUAUUUAUUAAUUAAUAUAUCUAUAGUUGAUACUGAUGAAGUUGAUGAUAAUUAUGGACCAUCUCAACUGUUUGCUCCUGGUAACUUAAUAUUUAUUUCAGAAAAAUUUAUUAUUGAAAAUUCAGAACAGUGUAUGUCUAUUGCAUAUGCUACUAAUAUUAGUAAUGAAAAUUCUAAUUAUGAAUUUGAAUUUACUAGUAUUCCAAUUUGUAUUCCUCAUUGUAUGUUUUAUAUUCUUGUUAAUUGUACUCCUAAACAAACUGAAGGAUUUAUUCAUUUUGGAUCUAAUAUUAAAGUAGGAAAUACCUACCUUGUAUCAGGUCUAUUCAAAUUUUCAAACUCUGGAAAAAUGAUGAUAGAAGCAACUGAUAUUGAUUACUCAAAAUCAUUUUUUUUAAAUUCUAAUAUAUCAAGAAUUUCUUCUUCUAUGUCUUCAAACUCUCGUUCAAUUAUUGAUAUUAUAGCAGAUGAUAUUGAUUGUUUGACUGAUCAAUCAUCUAAAAAAUCUUCUUCUACUGAACAUGACAAUAACUUAACUUCUAAUUUAUCUAAAACAUUACCAACUUUAACUAUUGUUGAUGACAAAAUUAAUUUAUCACUUAAAGAUAAAAAUUAUAUAAACCUAAAUAUAGAAAAUAGUGACAAAGAACAGAAUUCUAAUGAUGAAUAUAAUAAUAUAGAUAAAAAUAAUCAAGAUGAUAGUAACCAGCCUAAAAAAAGAAAAAGAAGUUUAAGAAUAAUUAAGAAUAAAGAGAAACAAAUCUUGCGAAAAUAA